AUGCACAUACCGUUUCGACGGAGAUACGUGCGAAGUGUCACAAAGAUGUUCCGUCCAUUACAGGGAACCCAUGGGAACCCGGUGUUUGAAAGUAUGAGGGUUUCGUUCCUAAAACGGAGUUUGGUGUCUCAUGUGGCGGCUUGCUGUGCAACGAACAUGGAGGCCAAUCAAGCUGAGCAAAGCCUCCCCCUAGAGGCUUCACAGGAACUGUGCUCGGCUGUGCCUCAAGAUCGAGAGAAAGUCCGCAGUGCCAAAGCUUGGGCGAAUUAUCAGGCCUUUUUGGAAUCACCUGGCGGCAAGUGCCCGCACUGUUGGCUGAUGAGGCGGCAUUGCUGUUGCGAAGGUUUGCCGAAGUUGAUUCUUCGUUUGCGAGUUGUCGUCCUCCUGCAUCACCUGGAGAUCGGGCAACGGAAAGCUUCAAACACUGCGAAGCUUUUGGCACACUUCGGGGCAGAGCUGCUGUGCUGGGGAGUGGAAGAACACGAUGCCAGGCUUCUGCAGAUCAUCGAUGAGGACAUGGAGGGGACCGUGGUUCUUUUUCCAAGUGAAAAUGCAGUCCAAGCUUCUGAGCUGGCGCCCGAAAGGGCAGCGCCCGUGCGGCCGGUGCGGCAGGUGCUGGUUUUGGAUGGAGGGUGGCGCGAGUGCGUUCGAAUGAAUGCCUGGAUCAGCCUGGGGCUUAGCCAGCAGGAUUCCGGAUUUCUACGCGAUCGAGUUUCAAUCUGGCAGCUUCGCUUGCGCACACUGCGGCGCACAGCAGUCUUCUUGACGUGA